AUGAGCACCUCCAAGGCCAAGACGGAUCCCCGCUUUCUGGGGGUUCCGAUGCGUUGGGUGGCGCUGCUGGCGUUGGUUGGGCAGACGGUGGCUGGGGUGAGCGUCUUGCGUUUAUCUCGUUCUGGCAAGUGGUCUGGAGACGUGCCUUACCUCACGACAACAGCAGUGGUUUCAGCAGAAGUGGUGAAGCUGUUGACGUCUCUACCGCUGCUGUGGUUUGAACAAAACUGCAGCUUUCGCCAGACGGCCGCUGCGGUGUAUCGAGGCAUUAUCGCGAAUCCUAUAGAGAUGGCGAAAGCCGGCGUUCCAGGGCUUCUAUACGCUGUGCAGAACAACUUAAUUUUUAUUUCUCUUUCGAAUCUGUCUGGCGCGAUGUACCAAGUGACAUAUCAGCUGAAAAUACUGACAACUGCUCUGCUGUCGGUGCUCAUUCUGGGGCGUCGUCUGUCCCUCCUUAAGUGGUCUGCUCUCAUUCUACUCUUUUUAGGAGUCAGUUUAAUUCAGUACCCCACAGCAUCAGAGGCCCCCAAGGCCCUUGCGGCGGGGGGAAGGCCGCAGAAUGCGUUUGUUGGGUUGGUUGCGGUGUUGUGCGCAUCUCUGACGAGCGGCUUAGCUGGGGUGUAUCUUGAGAAGCUGCUGAAGGAGAAGACAACAACUAUCUGGAUUAAUAACAUGCAACUGGCAGUCUAUGGAGUUGUUGCGGGGCUUAUAGGUGCCUUCUGGAAUGACGGAGAUGCAAUAUACGAAAAGGGAUUCUUUCAAGGAUACACCGGAAUGACGAUUGCAGCAAUUCUGCUGCAAGCGUUGGGGGGGCUGGUGGUUGCUGCUGUGCUCAAGUACGCAGAUAAUAUACUAAAAUGUUUCGGAAAUGCCCUUUCCAUUGUUUUUUCGUGCAUUGUUUCGUGGACAGUUGCAGGCGACUUCCUCCCUUCGCUGCUGUUCUGCUGCGGCACAGCUUUCGUUCUCCUCGCUACUUAUCUCUACAUCGUUGAGAACCCGCCGCUUUCCUUCUUUAGAAUAUUAAAAAGUAGACCGACGUAUGUCGCACCAGGAAGAGAAGUGGAUACUGCAAUCGCAGUAGCGGAUUCAAAUGCCGUUCAGAGAAAAAACGAUGCAGCAAAGGGCCCUCCUCCCUAG